AAUUUUACAUCACAACUUAAAAAUAAAUCCUCUACAGAGUUCAAGAAACUAGAAAACAAAGUAACCACACAGCUCGACAAGGUGUAUUCAGAAAAAUUUGGAACAAGCUUCAAUCGAACUGUCAUCAACGGCUUCAGUCAAGGUUCCAUUGUGGUUGAUGCUGAGCUGAAAUUCAAUAAUGCGACUACACUACCAAAUGCCAGUUCUGUGACUGAAACUUUGAAGACUGCUGCUUCCAACUCCAGCUUUUCCCUCAGUGUCAACACAUCAUCUAUUACUGCAACCGUUGUGAUGGCACCAACUCAAGCCCCAGCCACAGCUGCACCUUCAACACUGAUGAACACAACUCCCUCACCAGCUAACAUGACAUCACCACCACUCAACGCAACUUCACCACCAGUCAACAUGACCUCACCGCCACUCAACGCAACUUCACCACCAGCCAACAUGACCUCACCGCCACUCAACGCAACUUCACCACCAGUCAAUAUGACCUCACCAUCGGCAAAUGCAACCUCCCAACCUGUCAGUGCAACGUCAUCACAAAUCAAUGUAACCUCACCAUCAGUGAAUGCAACCUCAGCACCACCGCCAGGCAAUGUAACCUCUCCACCAGUAAAUGGAACAUCAGCACAACCAGUUGUCACAACUGGUGCUCCAACCCAAACAACAGCUGCCCCAUCAGAUGACUCAAAGCUCAUAUUGGGAUUUAAGAUGGAGCAAAACUUUACAUCACAACUUGCAAACAAGUCUUCCCCAGAGUUUCAGUCUUUAGCUACCAAAGUAAAAGCAGCGCUUGAUGAAAUCUACAAAAAAACAUAUGGAAGCAGUUUCCUUCGAUCUGUGAUCAACUCUUUCAGUCAAGGUUCAGUUGUGGUGGAUGCUGAGCUGGUAUUUAACGGUGCCAGCUCAGUCCCAGAUACUAGUGCUGCAAAACAAGUCCUGGUGGCAGCAUCCAACAGUUCCGACUUCUCCCUUCCAGUCAAUGCAUCAAGUGUUUCUGUAACGAGAGUUGGUACACCUACAGCCGCACCUACAUCUGCAGCUCCAACUGCUGCUCCUACCGCAGCUUCAACUGCAGCUCUAACUAGAGCUCCAAAUGUUACUGCUGCUCCCAAUGCUACAGCUGCCCCUACUGCUGCUCCCAAUGCUACAGCUGCCCCUACUGCAGCUCCAAAUGCUACAGCUGCCCCUACUGCUGCUCCCAAUGCUACAGCUGCUCCUACUGCUGCUCCUAAUGCUACAGCUGCCCCUACUGCAGCUCCUAAUGUUACAGCUGCCUCUACUGCAGCUCCAAAUGCUACAGCUGCCCCUACUGCUGCUCCCAAUGCUACAGCUGCCCCUACUGCUGCUCCUAAUGCUACAGCUGCCCCUACUGCAGCUCCAAAUGCUACAGCUGCCCCUACUGCUGCUCCUACUGCAGCUCCAACUGCAGCCCCAUCAGAUGACUCAAAGCUCAUAUUGGGAUUUAAGAUGGAGCAAAACUUCACAUCACAACUUGCAAACAAGUCUUCCCCAGAGUUUCAGUCUUUAGCUACCAAAGUAAAAACAGCGCUUGAUGAGAUCUACAAAAAAACAUAUGGAAGCAGUUUCCUUCGAUCUGUGAUCAACUCUUUCAGUCAAGGUUCAGUUGUGGUGGAUGCUGAGCUGGUAUUUAAUGGUGCCAGCUCAGUCCCAGAUACUAGUGCUGCAAAACAAGUCCUCGUGGCAGCAUCCAACAGUUCCGAUUUCUCCCUCCCAGUCAAUGCAUCAAGUGUUUCUGUAACGAGAGUUGGUACACCUACAUCUGCAGCUCCAACAGCUGCUCCAACAGUGGCUCCAACUGCCGCUCCUACCGCAGCUCCAACUGCUGCUCCUACCGCAGCUCCAACUGCUGCUCCAACUGCAGCUCCAACUGCUGCUCCAACUGCAGCUCCAACUGCGGCUCCAACUGCGGCUCCAACUGCAGCUCCAACUGCAGCUCCAACUGCUGCUCCUACCGCAGCUCCAACUGCUGCUCCUACCGCAGCUCCAACUGCUGCUCCAACUGCAGCUCCAACUGCAGCUCCAACUGCGGCUCCAACUGCAGCUCCAACUGCAGCUCCAACUGCGGCUCCAACAACGACAACUACUACAACUACUACAACUAUUCCAUCAACAGAUGCUCCUUCAUCCAGUGAGGGCACCCUGGGUCUUCAGUUUAGUCUCGACCAAACAUUUACAUCAGAUCUCUCCAGCUCAUCCUCAACAGCGUUUAAGACUUUAGCCACAAAAGUGGUCACAGAGAUAAACAAAGUGGGUAAAAAGCUCCAUGGAUCAUCUUUCCUUCGGUCCAUUGUGAACUCAUUCAAGAGUGGAUCAGUGGUUGUCGACAUGACUCUUGUGUACAAAGAUAAAAACUCUGUUCCUUCAACAAGCUCUGCGACUUCAUCAUUCAGCAGUGAACUCAGCAGCUCCACCACCCUGAACGUUGUACCAGGCAGCGUUUCUGCACAGUCAACAUCAACAUCAAGCAGUCCUCCUCGACCCACAAUGGUGUCAUUGUCAGUCUUGUCACUAACACUGCUGGCUGUGGCACAAAUGCUGAUAGACUUAUAGCUGGUAUCCAAAGCGGACACUGACUUGACCAAAUGUUGUAACUGUGCUAUCAAGUGUGGAAAAAAGCAAUGUACCAACAAACCAAAAACAAAAGACAUAACAAAUGUACAUGAUGAAAUUUACCAGUAGAAUGUCUUAUGGUAAAGAUGUGUGCUUUGUUUCUUGGUAUUUUCCACAUUUGAUGUUCCAAUCACUUUAGUUUCAGUUACAUUUUAUUUAAACUACUAAUCAUUAAUAUAUAAGAUAAAAAAUACUAUAUUUAAUACUUUUUUUUUUU